AUGGAUAGGAAUCUGAAGAACGCUGCAAUAGCAUUCCUCGUUCCUCUCCCCUCCAUACUCUUCUAUCUCUCCUUCCUCAACCACUACUAUGACUCUGCAAUACUUGACACUGACUCUAACCUCUGGACAUGGUGCCAUCACCACCCUCUCUUGCUUCCCAAUGCACUCUUGUUCCUCAACGUCACUCUUCUCUUCUGGGUCAUCGGCCUGAUUCAGUGCAGCCACUGGAUGAUUGACCUGUAUUGGACGGUAAUUCCUGUGAUGCUGGUUCAUUACUAUGCAAGUCACCCUUGGGGAGAGUGUAAUUGGUGGAGAUCAAGGAUUGUGAUAUUGUUGAGUUGGGUUUGGAGUGUUAGGCUGAGCCAUAACUAUUUGAGGCGAGAAAACUGGCAAUGGGGUGCCAGACAGGAUUGGAGGUUCACCAAUAUGAGUCUUUGUUAUGGCAAGCAUUGGUGGUGGAUUUCAUUCUUCACUGUCUACUUCUCUCAGCAGGUGCUUCUUGUUGCACUGUCUCUUCCAUUCUAUGCUAUCCACUCAGUGAAUCAGCCUCUGAGCAUCAUGGACUUGGUGGCCACUGUGUUGUGUUCAUCUGGCAUUCUCAUAGCAUACCUUGCUGAUACACAACUUCAUAAUUUUGUAACAAGAAACAACAACCUUAAACAUAUUGGAAAACCCAUAGUUCCUGUUCUGGACAAGGGCUUGUGGUAUUACUCAAGGCAUCCAAACUACUUUGGAGAACAACUGUGGUGGUGGGGCCUAGCUUUAUAUGCUUGGAACAUAGGUCAUGGAUGGACCUUCAUGGGAACAAUAGGUAAUACCUUGUGUUUGGCUUAUGUGACUAAGCUUGUGGAAGAUAGAAUGUUGAGACAAAAGUACAGAGCAGAGGCUUAUAGGAGGUACCAGAAGACAACCUCAAUAUGGGUUCCUUGGUUUAAGGCUUCUGAUCCUUUGGGCGGCAAAAAUAAGAAUGCUUGA